GAAUUAUAGCUAAUGAAUGGCGGCGAGUUACGUUUUUGUGCAUGGUGAUGAAUGACGAUGCAUGAUAAACCAUAAAUUAAACGCAAAAACGUGCACUUAGACAUAUUUUCGUUUGGCAGAACUUUGACAAGCUUUGAUUUGUUUUCCAAUUACAUUGACAAUUCAUAUAGACAUUAGACUUAGGCCUAAUUGUGACAUCAUGUGUGUAUGACAUCUUUGGAGAAUGCUCUGGCUUCAGCCAAUCGGAAUCGAGUAUUCAACAAUGCUUUGGCAUAAUUCAAGGACGUUCAUAUUCACUUCAGUUGUUUGCCGAUGGUUCACUGACGUUUUUUCAAAGGAGGUAUUAGUAUUUCCUCUAAACAGCCUACAACAAUAAGCUACACAUCAUGUCAGAUGACAGCAAGGUAUGGUUCAUUUAGCCUAUUUUGAGUUUAGAAGAGAAAUUACUAACAAUAUAGUAGGUCACUAACACAGCAAUAGGUCUCACUGGUUUGAUCCAUGGACUGAAAUCUGACCACUAUUGCCGUUUUGUUUAAAAUAGGAGCGAAUAAGUUGUUUCAUAAAGUCACAACCUAGGACUGAUAUUGGCCUCUCAUUUAUCCACCAGAGCGUGAAAUGGGAGGAUCCCCCAGAUGACCAAAAUAAGGUUGUGGAGAACAUGAAGGAUGAAACAGAGACACAUGAGACCAACAAGAACAGGACAGGAGGCAAGGCUAAACGUAAGUCCAGUGGCUGUGCCAAGAAGACUUCCGUGGAGGAGGACUGCAGCAUUGGUGCAGAGUCUUCUCAGACACCCGGGUGUGGUUUCCGGGAAAGGGGAUCUAUCAUUGAGCAGCUGGAGAAGGAGGCUCAGAGGACUCUAAUGCCUUCUCUCAAGAUUGAGACAUGCUGUGCCCCAAUCCUCCUCUCCUUCCUGAGGAGUCUAACUGAUGACCAAUGGAGAGUGAUUCAGCAUGGCAUGAAAAAUAACCUCACAUUCGAGCAGCUCUCCAUGCUGUGUCUGAAGAUUGUUAAAGUCGUGACCCAGACAGCCCUCCGCAUUCUCCUACCAGCGCUAGCUCGUAUCAUGGGGGUGAACCUGAGGAGUGGGGCAACCUCCCCAGAAUCCCAGUGCUCUGAGGAUUCCUUAGGCAGUCUGGAUGAGAGAGAGAAAAGGCUGCUGAUCAGUGAGAUGAACUACUGGACUAAGGAGAGGAGGAGGAAUGGCAGUGCAGGGUGCCUCCAAAAAUCCACCCGCAGGACCUCAUCACCAUGCUGUUCGCCUAAGAGGUAUGUUCACAGCAAUAUUUCAACUUAAUAAUUGCAAGACCUGACCCAUACUUAUCAUAAAUUAUUAACUUGUAAUUCACACCUUGUAGUUUUAAGUUCUGGUCAGAAAUGUUGCCACUGAGGGGGUGGGUCCAGGUGAAAGUCAUUUUUAACUGGGUAAGCCAUAAAGUCAUCUAUGAAUAAAUAGAUCAGGUACAUGCCUUUCAGAAUUAAUCAUAUUCUGAUGUCAUACAAACAUAAAAAUCU